UACUCCGCUCUUUCCAUGGGUUUAUCAUUUAUAAGUCCCCACUCGAUCCUUUUCUUCAUACACUCAGUCAGCUGAAACAUGAUCGGCGAACAAUCUAGAUUCACUCAUACCAUUCAAGUUCCCCCCUGGGACCCACACGAAGACCACCAUACCAUCGGAAUUUCCUCGCCGGUCUUCAUUCCCGGUGGGCUCGACUCAUUUAUCGACUCCUUUUCCGCCAUUCACCGUUAUCUACCCUCGGCGGCGGAUUCCACCGCGGCGGAAGAAGCGGUGGAUGGAUUUUCCUGCGACCAUUUCCGUAUGUUCGAGUUCAAAAUCCGGAGAUGUGCACGUGGGAGAUCGCACGAUUGGACAGAGUGUCCGUACGCCCAUCCCGGCGAGAAGGCACGCCGACGAGAUCCGAGGAAGUAUCAUUACUCCGGCACGGCCUGUCCCGAGUUUCGGAAAGGAAAUUGCAAAAAAGGGGAUUCUUGCGAUCUCGCUCAUGGGAUUUUCGAGUGUUGGCUCCAUCCAGCUCGGUAUAGGACUCAGCCUUGUAAAGACGGACUGGCCUGCCGCCGCCGUGUCUGUUUUUUCGCCCAUUUGCCGGAACAGCUCCGGGUUCUGCCACAGCAGAGCCCGAGAACUCCGGUUUCGGCCGAUUCAGUAGAUGGGUCCCCUCGAAUUUCACUCGCAUUCGAUUCCUAUUUCGCCAAAGGCUCACUUGUGACCUCACCCACUUCAAUUAUAUCAAUGCCGCCGGUCUCUCCACCGUCGGAUUCUCCCCCUCUGUCGCCGAAUUGCCCCCAACUCGGCGGUGGGUCAUUCAAUUCAAUGACUAAACUGGCUUCGUCUCAUCUUAAAAUAGGGAAAUCAAAGGCAACCCCUCAUUGGGGGAUUCAAUUAGGACAAAAUCUGCUCUCUCCCUCCGGCUCUGGUUUCUACAGUCUACCGUCAACUCCGACGACCGGAAAGUACGAAUUGUGGGGGAAGAAUUACGAGGAAGAACCCGCAAUGGAGAGAGUGGAAUCAGGGAGAGACCUGAGAGCCAAAAUGUACGCAAAACUCAGCAAAGACAACUCCGUGAAAGAGGCGGCGGAUUCGACGUCGACACCCGAUGUCGGAUGGGUCUCGGAGCUAUUAAUGUCAAAUUCCUAAACUUACUCAUCGGCGGCCUGUCGGAUUACGUCUGUGAAUACAAACGUUGGUGGUGAAUUUGCGCAAUUUUCACAGUUUUUCAUGUUUUUUUUUUUUUUGGUUAAAUUACUCUGUUUUUGUUGUACAUCUGAAAAUACGAAAUUUUUAUGGCUGCCGGAGUAAGAGAAGGGCGUAGGAUGGGGGUGGGGUUUGAUUUAAUUUUGAAAUGUAAUAAUAUUUUGGGAUUUUCAGUAAAAAUGUAAAUCUUGUUGUCACCAUUAAUUACAGAUAAGGUUUGUGACAUG